UUUUUUUGCAGCUAGUGUUCUCUUUUUUAUUUUUUUAUUACUUUUAUGUUUACCUUUAUAACUCAUACCUAUUUUCUGUUUAACCUUCAUCAUACUUUAUUUCAGUAUUUAUAAAGAAGUUUAUAAAACCUUCACCAGUCUUAUCUGAUUUCUACUUACAGGUUGAGCACACUAUCUUUCACUGGUUAUAAAUUUAAAAGAUCCAGAGUAUUUAUAAGAAAAAAAAAAUGGAUUUGAUUGAACAGAAAGAUAAAUUAGAUAUUUCGAACGUUGAUACUCAAAUAAUAAAAAAAACGUCAAGACAUGGACCGUUAUUACCUGAUACUAUACGUGCUAUUAUAGUCGGUCCUAGUGGUUCAGACGCUGAUAAAGUUAUAAAACCGAAUUUAACUAAAAAGAAUUCUGUAAUAAUUUUCGAUGAUGUUUUAUGUGGUCCGCAGUCGAUAAUAAGAGAAUAUUUCGGAAUGUGUAGACAUUCAGGUGCUAGCUCUGUAUUCUAUUUAGCACAAACAUAUUCUAAAAUUCCGAAGCAACUGAUAUGGAUUUCUCAGAAUUUCGGAAAAUUUCUCAUUUCUGCUGGAAUCAUAGUGAUUACGGAUUUAUGGUUAUUGAUAAAACACGUGAAAUGAAUGAAGGUAGAUAUAGAUGUGGUUUUCAUACUUUUAUUAAAAAAAAAUAAGUAUAUAAAUAUAGUUGUAAUAUAGACAAAAUCUACAUAGCAUUAUCUUUAGUUGAAGGAAACAGAUAUAUUAAGUUCAUUAUUUUCAAUGAAUAAAGAUAAAGUUUUGUUAAAAAAUUUGAUAUUAUCAAAAAAAAAUAUCAAACGUAAAAUAAUGAACAUGAAGCGUGGUGUUAUAGAUUCUGAUAACUAUUUUCGCGAAACAUUUAUACCUUUACUCAAACCAUUGACUUCAAUUCCAGAAAAAAACACUUCAUUUAUUUCUGACACUACUAAAAAAAAAAAAUACCUUGAUCACUAGUGAUGGAGAUAGCGAAAACGAAUCAAAUUCAUCGUUCGAUAAUUUUUUAAUUUCUAAUCCUAAAUUACAGCGAUAUGAUAAAUCGUAUGGCAUGCAUUAUGAUUCGGUUAAUGAUCAACUUAAAAUAUCAGAUAUUCCUGUCACUUUUGAUCAUGGUAACUUACGCUUGCUUGAUAAUUACUACCCUUGGACUAAAGGACUUUGGUCUUUAUUAUGUGAGAAAGUACCAAAAAAUAUGACGAUAGAAGAUAUGGAAUCAUAUUAUAAUAUUCUAAA